CCGGGGGUUAAACAGAUCGUGUAGCCGUGGCAGCGGCGGGUGGUGGAGCGUGAGGAGAGGGAAGCUCCUGCGGACAGCAUCCUGGGUCGUGGGGCGCCGCCGGGACGGGUCGGCAGCUAAACUAUGUGCUCCUCCAGGGCAGGCGCCGUGUUGCACUCAGCUUUGUACCCUCAGCAUCUAGCAGUGUUGGCAUGUGGUAGGCACUCAAGAAUGUAUGUUGAAUGAACGAUGCCUAUGACAAGCAACUGGACUUUAUUCUUUCCUGACCCUUGCUCCUGUGACACAUCUGACUGCCACUGUCACCCCUUCAGAGCAGAACUUCUCUAGGGAACGUGGAAGGGAAACAGCUAUGGCCAAGGACAUCCUGGGGGAAGCAGGGCUGCACUUUGAUGAGCUGAACAAGCUGCGGGUGUUGGACCCAGAGGUUACCCAGCAGACCAUAGAGCUCAAGGAAGAGUGCAAGGACUUUGUGGACAAAAUUGGCCAGUUUCAGAAAAUAGUUGGUGGUCUAAUUGAGCUUGUUGACCAACUAGCGAAAGAAGCAGAAAACGAGAAGAUGAAGGCCAUUGGUGCCCGGAACUUGCUCAAAUCCAUAGCGAAGCAGAGAGAAGCCCAACAGCAGCAACUGCAAGCGCUGAUAGCAGAGAAGAAAAUGCAGCUAGAAAGGUAUCGGGUUGAAUAUGAAGCUUUGUGUAAAGUAGAAGCAGAACAAAAUGAAUUUAUUGACCAGUUUAUUUUUCAGAAAUGAACUGAAUAUUUUAUUUUUUAUAGCAGAAAGGCAAAAAAGCAGCCCCCAACACACACGCACUCAAAACCACCACCAAACCUCUGUAUCAUUCCAGUGACUUCACUAACAACUCAAGCACGUUGUCAGUGGUGGACGCAGCCAUCAGGAGGCGGCAAUCCCGAGCCUGGGGCGCUGGUACUAAAUCAGUGCACGGCCACUGCAAGGCGGCCUCCACCUCACCUGUGCAACCUCAGUAUGAACUAAACACUCUGUAAAUUUUGAACCACUGCUUUGUAAAUUCAAAGCUUUGGAAGGAAAAGCAAUAAAUUUACAUUUUCAAAUGA